GCUGGAGGAGCAGAGAGUGGGACAAGCAGUGUCGGUGCAGAGAUACGCUGUUUUGGAAGGUGGACAGGCUACUUGUAUAUUUUCAUUUUUGGAGAUACAGUGAUCAUAGUUGUUUUUUCCCUCCACCUCCUCUCCCUGCUGAACAGUGGAAAUGGAAGCCUUGCCAUAUGUUUUUCUAUUGGCUUGUGCCUGCUUUGUUUAUCAAACUGAUGGACGCAAAACAUAUGGUGACAUGUUCCCCCACAAGCAUGAUGUAGCAGGAAAGUUUCCUUUUCCAAUUCCACCAAUCCCUGGCUGGGAUCCUGACACUAACCCGUGGGAUGAUUACCUCUACCCACCACUAAACCCAAAGCCAAAGGAGCUCAUGCACCGAAGAGGUAAGCCCAAGGUUCGUCUGACCAGUGACAGUCCAGCUCUAAAUGGCUCUUGCGUCACCUUCACUGCCAAGCUGGAGUAUCCUCCGUGCCAGAAGGAAGACGCCAAUGGGGACCUUGUCUGGGAUGAGCACUGUGAGGACGGUACGGAGCUGGAGGCCUCAGCCAACGGACAGGUUCGCUCUGGCUACGUGUACAACUGGACUUCUUGGUUGGAUGACUAUGGUUUCGGAAAGUGUACUGACACAACGAAAUGCAACGUGUUUCCCGAUGGGAAGCCCUUCCCUCAGAGCAACGACUGGAGACGCAAGAGCUACGUCUACGUGUGGCACACAAUGGGUCAAUACUAUGAGUCAUGUGAUGGCUCAUCCUCUAGUGUGACCAUCAACACCACCAAAAUCCCAGUGGGGGCAGAGGUCAUGGAGGUCAUGGUCUACAGGAAACGUGAACGCAGAAAAUACAGUCCCCUCACCACUGACAAGUCCGUCUACUAUGUCACAGAUAAGAUCCCGGUGGCGGUCAGCAUCUCCCAGAAGGCUGCGGUCAACCAGUCAAAGAAUGUUUUCUUCCGUGGUGAGGAUGUGGUCUUCAAAGUCCAGCUUCAUGACCCCAGCGGCUACCUCAAAACCGCAGCUGCCAUUGACUACAUCUGGGACUUCAGAGACGGCAACCAGCUGGUAACACACCGUGAAGUGACCACACACGCCUACAGCAGUCUGGGGAACAUGAGUGUGAAGCUGGUGGUGGAAGCGGCGUUCCCAGUGGAGUGUCCACCGGCUGGCGCUACAUCGACUCCGAGGAGCUUCACUUCGCCGCCUCAUACAGAGGCUCCCACAACUCCGCCCGGUACUCACGCUGUAACUGUCAAGAUGGAGACCACACAGGUGCCACCCAGAACCAGCCAGCCCUUCCCCUCCUCCUCUCCCACUGCCACAACAGCGCCCACCACUGAGCCCCUGCCCCCUACUGCCGCCAGUGCGACCCCAGAGUCCAACCCCACCGCCAUGGCCUGGCUCCGCACCAGACGUCUCAAUGCCCACGAGUGCUUCCGCUACGCGUAUGGAACCUUCAUGGGUAACAUCACCAUCAUUGAGCCCAAGCACCCGCUGAACAGCCAACCAAACAGUCGCAUUGUGGACGUGUCAGCUGCCAGGGUGACCAAAACUGACAUCAGCUUCCUGGUGAAAUGUCUGGGCAGCAUCCCCACUUCAGCCUGCACCAUUGUGUCAGACCCCAGCUGCACUCAGGUGCGUAACAUCAUGUGCGAUGACGUGCCGCCGUCGUCGCAGUGUGAGGUGCAUCUGAGGCGAACGUUUCUGGAACCUGGCACCUACUGUGUCAACAUCACCCUGGAGGACUCCAGCAGCCUGGCCCUCGCCAGCACCACCGUCACCAUCAACAAGUCCCAGGACACACCUGCAACCAAGGCUUCUCACACUGCAGAGGUGGUCCUCUCAUCAAGCGCUGUGCUGGUGGCUGUCUUUGCAUUCAUCGCCUAUCUAGUCUACAAGCGUUACAAGGUGUACCGACCCACUCGUAGGUUACUGGUGGAAGAUGCCUGCGGCCAUUCUGGCCUCGGAGGUCCCAUGGUCCGCCUGAGGGAGGCACUCUUCCCCCCCAAUGAGGAGAGCCGUCACCUGCUGACAGAGAGGCGCCCCCUGUAGGCUUUAUAGAGCUACACCAAAGUGUUUCUGCCCUAAACAGCAGAAAUACUGAAGAAAAAUCAUGACUGCCACAUGCCAAAUCUAAUCUGAAGUUUAAUCAUUAAAAAGUCAAGAUAGCAGGAAUACAUUUGUGUCUGUAGAGAAAUAUUAGUAAAUAAUACUUGUCUUUUCUUUUUUUUUUUUUUGCCUUAAUUUAGUGUAGUUAGUCGAAUGUUGGCUACAUCAAAUGGCUAAUGCUACAGCAGAAUGUGAUUGGUAGAUGAUGAACUAAAGAGGCUGUUAAAUGUCUAGAGCGAGGCAUUUCUCCUUUUGAUCUCUGUGUUGAGUGAAGUGGUUGCUAGGAGAUGAAGUGGGUUCAAGUCAUGGCUGAUUUUUGAUCAAAAGAAAUGCCUUUGUGUAAAUUUUGUGCCAAGCACCGCUUUACAAAACUAUGCCUUAUGUUGUAAUGACAGUCAACGGUUGAGUAUGAAAUCCUUGAGAUGUUUUUUCUUUUUUUUUUUUUUGAAAAUUUCAUUAAACUUAUAGUACCCUUCUUCAGCUGAGUGAAUUAAAAUGGAAAUUGUAAAAUGCAGAAAAGCUAAACCAAGGAAUUCAGUGGAAACUUGA